CAAUGAGUGAAUAUCUGAAAUAUCUGGAAUAUCUGGUUCAAUCUAUCCAUCUAUUCACCUGCAGAGAGCUCUUGGCGACGCGCAAUCCUAGGUGUGACGAGCUUGUUCCGCGAACCAUGAUUCGAACAGAGAGUGGUCUUGAUGCUGCUGGUGCUGGUGCUGGGUCUGGUGCUGGGUGAGCUUUGCAUGUCGCCUACAUGCCGCCUAGUUCUUGACCGCCUCUGCCCUUGCAAUUCUAUCAUUCGCGCGCACGCGAUUUCGCUCGUUGCCACCUCAUCCACCUUUUCAUCCCUCCAGUCUAUCCAGUCCGUCCAGUCCCCUCCGCCGACCUCUCAACUCUGCCGCCUUUUAUAACCCGACAUGCAGAAAGAUCUGCGUCGGGGAAUACCUGCUGAGCGGCUUUCCCUAAACGGCAAUGCAAA